CUGUUGCUAGAUCAUCCUUAUCGAAACACAAGGCGAAUUCACUAGUAUCCACACGUUUCUAUAGUAGCGACGAGAUCUUUCCAUUUCGUUCUGUACGAAGAGGCUACUGUAGCUGUCACUCACUGUUCUCGUUCAAUUUCGAACUGGCUUUUGUUCCGCACUCCGCUGAGUUGAGCGAGUCUAGUCUUCUUUUGCUUUCCUGAACUUGCUUGGACCUCUGUUUUUAACGAGUAAGAAACCCAGAAAAUGGCCAAUGCGAUCAGAUAUUUUGAGCUGAACACAGGAGCUAAAAUCCCUUCAGUGGGAUUGGGGACAUGGCAGUCUGAUCCUGGGCUUGUGGGCAGUGCUGUCAACAUCGCCAUUCGGCAUGGAUACAGGCAUAUCGAUUGUGCACAAGUUUAUGCGAACGAAGCAGAGAUUGGAGCGGUUUUCAAGAAAUUGUUAGAAGAGCGCGUGGUUAAACGGGAGGAUUUGUUUAUCACUUCCAAACUCUGGAAUACUGAUCACGCCCCAGAGGAUGUGCCGGUGGCUAUGGAAAGAACUUUGAGCGACUUGCAGCUUGACUAUGUAGAUUUGUACCUCAUGCACUGGCCGGUACGGAUGAAGAAGGGAUCGGUGGGAUUUAACCCUGAAAACAUCGAGCAACAUGACAUACCGAGCACAUGGAGGGCAAUGGAAGCACUAUAUGAUUCAGGUAAGGCACGGGCCAUUGGAGUCUGCAAUUUCUCCACCAAGAAGUUGGCAGAUCUGUUGGAGAUUGCACGUGUACCUCCUGCUGUUGUUCAGGUGGAAUGUCAUCCUUCGUGGCAACAGAAGAAGCUACAUGAAUUUUGCAAAUCCAAAGGAAUUCACUUGACUGGUUUCUCGCCUUUGGGAUCGCCCGGCUCGGCCUUCAUCAAAAGUGAGGUGCUCAAGCAGCUGGUGGUGACCAUGGUGGCAGAGAAGUUGGGAAAGAGUCCAGCACAGGUUGCUCUAAGGUGGGGUCUUCAGAUGGGUCACAGUGUGCUCCCCAAAAGCACUAAUGAGAAAAGAAUCAUAGAGAAUUUCGACGUUUUCGACUGGUCUAUACCAGAUGAUUUGUUUGCCAAGUUUUCCGAGAUUGAACAGGCAAGGCUGCUUAGGGCGACAGUUUUUGUCCAUGAGACUCUCAGCCCAUACAAGAGCGUGGAGGAAUUCUGGGAUGGGGAGAUCUAAGCAUGGAAAGAUUUAAAGUAAAGAGGAGUGUGCAAACGUAUGGAAGUUGGUCAUUUCAUCCAGUUUAUGUCUGAAGUCAGUUCAAAUAAUCCUAGUUCUGUGUGCUAGAUAAAAUGUGUUGUAUUUGUUGUCUUGUUGCUGUUUGUGUUGAUUUGCAAUGUGAAAUGUCCAUGUUCAUGAAACUCUCUGCCUCGUCAAAUUGAAUUACCAAGUACCUUACGCUA